AUACUUACAAAGCCUCUUUGUUCAAGAUAAUCCUGACGAUCCGCAAUGAGAAAUCGAUGAAGCCUCAAAUUUCUAUCCUUUAGAAAGCUAAGCGUGUGAUCAAAUUCAAUUCUUAUUCAUAAGUAUAAUUUUAACUGCUCAAUAGUCAUAAAAUAAGUACUAUGAAAGCAAACGGAAAGGAAAUACCUUGGUGGCCAUCAUGGUUAAUGGCAGGGAUUUGCUUGACUUCUAUCUGUCUCUCUCUUGUGUGCUUAGCUCAUCUGCUGUUUAUGCAGAACCAUUCCUGUGGCUGCGUAAAACACUCUGAGGCAUCGUACAAAGAGCGGGGGGAAAGUCCUGUCAUAGCAACAGCCUCAUCACCAUUAAACUCAAUGGAGAAUCUUUCUCAACAGCGUCAACGAAGGAACGUUGUACAGAACCCUGGAAGUUUCUCACUUUAUCAGCUUCAGACUCAAAUAAUGAUGAUAGAAACACGCUUUCGACUUCUGCAAGAAGAAGUCAAAAGGCGGCAGGGUACCUUGGGUCGUCGAGGUCCAUCGGGACCUCCAGGAAGGGCAGGAAGAGAUGGAAUGGACGGAAGACCAGGAAUGGAUGGUCCUAUGGGUUUGCCAGGAAGAGAUGGUCACGACGGAAAAGAUGGUUCUCCUGGUCCGUCAGGACCUCCUGGUCCACCUGGUGUUAAUGGGCUACAGGGUGCCAGGGGAGAACGUGGAAUAAAGGGCGAACCUGGCCCUAUGGGUGAUAAAGGAGAAAUUGGGCUACCUGGUCCCAAAGGUGACCGUGGUCCUAGAGGUGAAGCUGGAGAAAACGGAGAACCAGGUGUCAGUGGAAGAUCGGGAGCGAAAGGAGAGAAAGGAAGUUCUGGCGAAGCCAAAUGCUAUGUUACUGAAAAUGGAAGGCGCUUUCCAAAACCAUGCUAUCUUGCUGCCCAUGCUUCGAGUGACAGCGACCUCAAUGGUCAUACAAAAACAUCUUCUGGUGUAAUAUUCUAUCGAUGGGGAAGAACAGCGUGUCCUCAAGGAUCAACUGAAAUAUAUUCAGGACAAGCAGGCUCUGUUACACAUGGGACGAGGCGACCAGGUGGCUCAGAGUACAAGUGUAUACCCAGUAAACCCUGGUACUUUGGACAGCGGGAUCAAAGUUCCCCUAUACGUAAUGCUACUACAAUCAGUGUGGAGGGUGAGGGUGCCCUUCGAGCCUCUCAAUACUACUUGACUUGUGUGGCCUGCCUUUCGAGCAAACACAGCAUUCAAAUAAUGCUUCCGGCACGUAAGGAAUGCUACAGAAAAUGGCACAGGCAAUAUGAUGGUUUCUUGGCUGUUCAGGUUAACAGAGGAGAUCAAAAACAACUUGUAUGUAUUGACAGAGAUGCACGAGCUUUAUUUGACACGCCAGAUUACAUCAUGGCUCUGCGAGCUGAUUGCAAUACUUUCAGCUGUCCACCAUUCACUAACAGCGAAAGAUUACCAUGUGUUGUAUGCACGAUGUAAACUUCAUGAUUACAUAUUUAGGUACCAAAUGUUGAUAACACAAUUAUAUGUAAUACAGUUUUUAUUGUUAUUAUUGAUUAUCCAUUUAAGAAUGUAUGAUGCAAAACGAAGUGUACAUGUGUCAUGUUGCCAAUUUAAUGAUAGCUAGACGCAUGACUACGUGAACUCGGGCUUUCUCUCUAACUGUGAAAGAGUAGAAAAAGUUAUCUUUCAUAGACGUAAAUAAUGCUUGUGCUUCGCUAAACACCUGACGGCGAUUCCCUACGUAGGCUAACAUGAGAUAGCCGAUUUGAUAUAGCAUGAUUUUUGAUAGAUAGUCCAUUUGAUAUAGCAGUCACAGCAUGGUGCACGAUAAAAGGUUCACUCGUAAUGGUUCGCUUUGUAAAUUGAUCUCACGGAAACCUCGCGAAUGAGUUGACUUCACUGACGAUGUUUUUAAUGAAAUCUCCAAUGAACAGAACCCCAAAGAGAAAUUAUUUACACUUCCGGUUGACGUCGCCGUCGUAGUUAAAGAUUAAGGUCGCUAUUCGCAGUCAGCAACGAGACCUUGAGACAAUUCCCCAUUACUCGUCGACCAUGUGCUUCUACGGCGCAUAUUACCACGCAUGCGCACUAAAUAUAAUCUCAGUAGGUUCUGUGAACGCGGCGUCGAUUUGUGUGAACGUAGAAAAUGAAGCCCAAUUUAUAACUCGGCGGUUUCCUUCGAAAAAGCCCGAUGAAUAAUUGGCAGGCAAUAUUAAGUAAGUUCUUAUGUAAGUACGUGAAAAUAAGUUACUUGUUUCCCGAGCGGGAUGCAUUUAGAUUUAGCUAAUGUCACCUGGUCAACUUUCAACUAAUGAGAGCGUUCGUUAAAUCGUAAAAUUUUGUAGCUAUAUAACAACAUGUAUAGAUUUGUUAUAUACUAACUAUCAAAGCCCAUUUUUCUCGUAUUCUGAUUGGGCGAGAGGGUAUCGCGUGAACGUGAACAAGGUUCGAUGUUGUCCCAGCAACGGCUUUUCAGCGGGCAACAAUAUGUUGUUGACCGAUAAUAACAAUACCGGAAGUGAUUUUCCCGGAAAUGUAAGAUUUUCUAAGUUUUUCGAAAUGAAAUAAUCAAAAAAUCAAAAAACUGCAUUUUUUUCUUUAACACUUGGUAUAUAACAAAACACUUAUUGACAAGAACCUCGGGAAAGUACGUCGAGAGACCACAAAACACACUGUUUUUCUCGUCCCCAGUCAAUAAGGGUUAAAUAUUCCAACUGACAGCAAUGCGAGUCUCUUUUGUUAUAUCAUCCAGUUAUAUCAGCCACCGUGUCUUUUGUUUUUUCACUCCCUAGGGAAUAAUUGAAAACCGGCAAUACAUCCUGGCAUUAUUUAAGGGAUGUUAAUUAGUCCUACUUUUUCAGUGAGACCUUUUGGGUUACAUGAUGCCCGAAUGCUGGUGUUUGGAAAUGAAAUCUGUAAAUAAAACUUACCAAACUUUGUUUAAUUAAUAUUUUCUAAUAUUUUUAUCGCUGGAUUUUACUGCAAAUUCCAUGUAUAACAAUUUUAUUAAGCGAAUAUAAUUAAAGGAAAAAGGAAAAAAAUUAUGAAAAUUGCUUUUCUUUCUUCAGUACAUUUAACAAAUAGAAAUCGCCAAUUACUGUACAUGUACGGCCUGGGCGCCUGUAAGGGAGUCUGAGCCUGCUAUGAACAUAAGGAAAUUUUGGUAGAAGUCGAUCGAGAGCUGGGGCAAUGUUUAUUUACCUAGAAAAUCCGGAUGUCAAAUCUUUCCGCUCAAUUUUUACUAAUAGCAAACAAACUUCUAACCCGAUGGAUUGAUUUAAAUGGUAAACACCCCUUAUGUGUUAAACAGUUCAUAAAACACUAUUGCUUGUUUAUUAAAUCUUAUUCACAUUUUGUUUA